AUAUCUGUAUUUCUGGGAUUUAAAGUCGCUAAAUCUGCGGGUAAAUUCAGCGCUGAGCACGCGGAGUUUUUCAGCGGGUUUGACUGACGCGCUCGCGCACUAACAAAGCAUUCUGGGAUUUGUAGUAUUAGCGGUGUAUGCGCUAUACACUGGCGAGCAGCUCUACUACACAUUUGAUAUGAUCUCGCGGGCCAAAUAUAAUACAUUUUUAUUUUUUUGUGGUCUCAACCAUUUUUGAACACUAUAUUCUACUAGCUAUAUUUGUUUUUUUUGUCACCAAGAUGUCGUUUUUUAUGUGAAAGUUAUUCGGAAAUAUAUAAACACAAACACCAGCCGAAGUUCUGUGACGUCAGCAAAGGAAUAAACAUCCACAUUUCUACACUGUUGUUUGUGUGGAGCAGAAAUGCUUUACAGCAUGGUGUUCACUGGACCCUGAUCUUUCCCAAUAAACGGGGAUCAGCAGCAGUGGAUGUGUUUGAGACUCGUUAUUACAAUAUUAAUAACACGCCUGAAACGCGCAGGACGGCGGGUCUGGACACGGGGACGAAGCCGGAGCCGGAGCCGAAACCGGCGCGGGGACGAAGCCGGAGCUGGUGCGGGGAUGGAGGAGGAGAUGAGCGAGAACACCGCGCUGAGCAGCGUCCUGAACGAGAUGCGCAUCGAGGGAGAAAUGUGUGACGUGGUGCUCAAGGUGGGGCAGGUCGAGUUCCAAGCCCAUAAGAACAUCCUCUCUGUGUACAGCCCGUUUUUCAGAUCUCUGUUCUCAAGGUGGAGCAGCGAGGAUCAGAGGGAGUACCACAUCACCACUGUACCUCAGAACAUCAUGGGGCACAUAAUCAAUUACAUCUACACAAAGGAACUUGUCCUCAGCAUCGAUGAUGCCCUAGAUCUCUUGGACUCUGCUCAGUAUCUGCUCAUGCAAAGCCUCUUCUGCAACUGCUGCAAAUUCCUAGAGGACAGUCUCAGCCCGGAUAACUGCUUAGAGAUCUGGCAGCACGCCGACGCUCGCUCGUACGACAAGCUGAGCAAACGAGCCUUCGACUACGUUUUGCAUCACUUCGAGGACGUUGUUCAGUCACCAUCCGGGAGCUUGUUGGAGCUGAGCGCCGAACAGCUCGGCAACAUCCUUGAAAAAGAUACGCUGAACAUCGAGCAGGAGAAAACGGCGUUUGAAGUCUUGAUCAGCUGGAUCCAGCAUGACCCGGACACCCGAAUGAAGAACUUGGCGGACCUGCUGAAGAAGGUGCGUCUGGCUUUGAUGCCUCCAGAAUACUUCCUGGAACAUGUAGAGCGAAACAGGUUGCUCAACAGUGUCCGAGAAUGUGAGAUCUUCCUCACCCAAUCCAUGUUGUUGUUGUACCGCAACAACAUGAUUUAUAAACUUUGGCCCCCGUGCACCCUGAAACGGUACCGCUUCCCAUAUUCCUUACUGUUCGCCACAAGUGGCUUCAGGGGCUUAACUCCUACAAACGUCAUAGAAAUUUACGACUCGAGGAUGGACCGCUGGAGGUAUAUUUCCAACACAGAGAUAAGGUCUCGAGCCUAUCACGGCACAGUGUUCCUGGGCGAGUUCAUGUACCUCAUUGGCGGCUACAACAGAUUGGAGUAUUUCAACACCAUGUCCAAGUUCAAUCCCCGGGAUGGAACCUGGAGCGAGGGGGCGCCCAUGCACUCUCGCCGCUGCUACGUUAGUGUAGUCCUGCUGGAUGACUACAUCUACGCGAUAGGAGGCUUCAACGGAAUAGUGCGGCUUAGCACGGCCGAACGUUACAAUCCUAACACCAACCAGUGGAGUCUCAUCGCAUCCAUGCACGAGCAACGAAGUGACGCAAAUGCCACCAGUUUACAGGGCAAGAUCUACAUCUGUGGAGGCUUCAACGGGAUCGAAUGCCUUGCGACAGUGGAGUGUUACAGCCCCGAGUAUAAUCAGUGGACGUUAAUCUCACCGAUGCACCUGCCCAGGAGCGGCGUCGGCGUCGUCACUUUUGACAACCAAGUGCUUGCGGCUGGGGGUUUUGAUGGAAACAAUCGUCUGCAGAGCGUCGAAGUCUACAAUCCUCAGACCAACUCUUGGAGGAUACUCACAUUCAUGUUCAACCCCCGAAGCAACUUCGGGAUCGAGGUGAUGGGCAGCUGCUUGUACGUGAUCGGAGGCUUCGACGGCGUAGACACCACUACGAACUGCGAGUGCUACGACUUCAACUCCGACACCUGGUACACCGUCCGCGACAUGACUUUCUCGCGCAGUGCGCUGAGCUGCUGCGUGAUAUCUGGCCUCUCCAACGUCGCCGAGUACACCUUCCCGCGCGACGACAGCGGGCCACACUGAAUUUCAUUUCUCUGAAAGAAAGAGAAAGGGGGCGCCAAAAACAAUAAACGUAAAAUUUAUUCCAAAAAUCAGACAAAUUUUGUUUAAUAUUUCUUUUGCGUAGGUUCGGAAAAACGCUCGGAACGUCAAUGCCAAAAAAAACACAAGGGAAGAAACGUUUGAUCGUUAUUU